AUGCGGAGGAGGAGGCCCCCGGCGGCGCCUGCUGCUGCAGUGGUCAUUUCAGCUUCUGCGUGCAUCACUGGUCUGAGGCCCCCCGUGUACACGCCCGCGUUGACAGCGGCCGUGCUCGCCGGCGUCGUCACCCUCUUCGUCGGGCUGUGGCUGAGCACGGUGGGCCGCCGUGGCGGCCGCGGUAAUUUUGCCUUCGUCAACCUGUGCUUGUCCUUCCUCGCCCUCGUCGUGGCUGUUGCACUUGGGGGCGACUUCGAUCCGGACCUGCUCCUGAAGCUCUACGGCGCUUUAAUUUAA